AAGAAAUAAGGACAUUAACAAACACGAAAAUACAAGUGGAUUGUAACGAGUGGAAGGUACGUUUUAAGUAAUAUAAAUUCAUUUCAUUUCAGGGAGGAACACAAAAUAAAAGUGUUAUUUUUUUAAAGUGUGGAUGUAAAGCAGAUAUUAUCUUACUUUAUCUUAUUUUAUUGUUAUAUUUCAUUCUUAUAUUGCACCAAUGCAAUAAUCAAAUUCCUCUGUGCAACAUAUGUGGCAAUAAAUGGCUUCUGAUUCUGAUCGCGGGAAGACAAACACAAACACAAACACGUAAACGUGACAACAAACAGACAACAAGGUGCUAAAGUUAAACUAAACCUGAGCGUUGAACAGGUGGAACCUUUAAGCGCUCGUGUGAGCGGGGACCUAAUUGUGUGAUGCACACGUGUUACAUGUCUUUCCUUCCGUGUUUUGUAAUGAGCAGCGGUGAAUUGCAGAGGACUCUUCUUCUUCUUUGAAGGUAGCAGCCUGUUUCAGUGUCUGUUAGCAUGCUAGCCAAACUAAGCUAACUAGCCGGUGACUACUACGUUCAGCUGUUUGUCCUCCAUCCAGGUGAGUCUGACCCCCCCCUCCCACCAUGCUGCGUCGGUCCCUCUGCUGCUGUCGUCUCUCUGGGGUUCUGACGCAGGGCGUCCGGACACCGUCCUUCCUGCUCCGCCCGCAGAGCCGGGGCCUCAAAGGUGGAGGCAGGAAGUCCCAGAGCCAGGAGGAGAGGUGGAGGAGCAGGAAUAAGACGGUGCUGACGUACAUCGCCGCCGCCGGCGUGGGGAUGAUUGGCCUGUCGUACGCCGCCGUGCCGCUGUACCGCCUCUACUGCCAGGCGUCCGGCCUCGGCGGCACGGCGGUGGCCGGACACGACGCGGAGCAGGUGGAGGCGAUGGAGCCGGUGAAGGGACGCGUGCUGAAGAUCUCCUUCAAUGCCGACACGCACGCCAGCAUGCAGUGGAACUUCAGACCGCAGCAGAGCGAGAUCUUCGUGGUCCCGGGUGAGACGGCGCUGGCGUUCUACCGAGCGAAGAACCCCACCAACAAACCCAUCAUCGGCAUCUCCACCUACAACGUGGUGCCGUUCGACGCGGGCCAGUACUUCAACAAGAUCCAGUGUUUCUGCUUCGAGGAGCAGCGGCUGAACCCCCACGAGGAGGUGGACAUGCCCGUCUUCUUCUACAUCGACCCGGAGUUCGACGAGGACCCGCGGAUGGCCCGCGUGGACACCAUCACGCUGUCCUACACCUUCUUCGAGGCCAAGGAGGGCCAGAAGCUCCCUCUGCCCGGAUACAGCUACAACUGAGACUCCACACUUUGUUUGUGCUUAUGAGCGGGGAAAAGACUUUUAUUCUGAAAAUCUAAACAGGAAAAUGAGUGUUGCUUUUGUCAGGAAAAUAUCAAGUUUAGAGAGGAAAAAAGGUAGAAAGUGUAUUUUUAUAAUUGCAGGAUUAACGAAUAAGGAUCUUUUUCUUCUUAUUAUUACUACAGUUAUCAUAUUAAUAUAUAAUUAUUAAACUAGUGAUAACUUUGAAAUAGACUUUUAUUACAUAAAAAGGUUCCUUUUCUUUUUCAGAGCAUCAGAUCGACGAUUUUUUAACUUUAACUCAAACUCUGAAACAAAAGCAAACUGAGACGUUAAGCUGCAGACUCGAGACUUUGUGGAUGUUCACUCAUCUAUGAGACAACACACACACACACACGUGUAAUGGCCUUGGUAUCACUGCAGAUGAUCAAUAAAGCAUCACUACGUGUUCCUCUGA